AUGAAAUCAGGGUUAGAUGGGUUGUCCCCUUCAUUCAACAACGGCGCCGCGGGACACCCUUUCCGCCGUCUUCUUCUUCUUACAACGGCGGCCGGUGAUUCUCUCUUCGCCUUCACCGUCGCGAUUCUUCUUCGCCGACACACCAGCGGCGCGGUCACUUCUUCUUCAUCCUGGUUCUAUCACCUCACGGAUAUCUCUUUCUCGCGACUCCACCAUGAGCGGUGUCUUCUCUUCCAUCUGUUCCAUCUGAUGCGGCUUCCUUCUUCUUCAAUCUCAUCUUCCAACGAGUUUCAACGAUCUACCACCGUCAUCAUCAUAACAGAGAUCAUAGAGAAUCUUCAUCGUGGAUUUAUGCUUCUUCGAAUUCCCACAAACCAUGCCGACGUGUCACUCUUCAUCUCGCUUUGA